UUCAUAAGCGAGCUGAAAAGUUGAGACGCCACUUAACCGCUGCACCUUGUGUGAGCUUCACUCGAUUAAUUACAAUGUCUUGCUGGGUCCGUGUGGUCAGUACGCUGGUGUUCACUGCAAUUUAUAUCAACGCGGAAGUUUCAGUGAAUCAACCACCUUCGAAAUCCACAUCUCCGGGGCAGACCGUCCAAAUACCCUGCACCUUGUCUGGAUCCUCUUUAGGAAGUAGCACUGUUUCCUGGUACCAGCAGAUUCCCGGACAAGUUCCUCGGUAUCUGUUCCGGUAUUGGUCAGGGAGCAGCAUUCGCAGAGGCUCCGGAGUUCCAAACCGUUUCGGCGGCUCAGUAUCCGGCAACACGGCAACAUUGACAAUAUCGAGCGUCCAGUCGGAGGAUGCGGCAGACUAUUACUGUGCUGUCUGGAAAGAUGCUUUAAUCUUCGGGAAAGGAACGCGGCUGGGAGUUGGCAAUCCUCGGAGCCCCGCCGUCUCCGUCCUCCGGCCUUCAGCGGAAGAAAUCACAGGAAAAGGCACAGCGACACUGGUGUGUUUGGUGAGCCGUUUUAAUCCGGGAGCUGUGGGCAUUGAGUGGACCGUGGACAGACGUACGAAAAGCGAUGGCGUUGAGACGAGCCCUGUCCUUCAGGACACGGACAACACGUUCAGUGUGAGCAGUUACCUGACUCUGCCAGCCUCAGAAUGGAGCUCACACGAGCGUUACUCCUGCGUGGUUAAACACGAGGCUCUAGCAAACCCGUUUGUAGCAACGAUCGAGAGAUCCAGGUGUAUCUAAUAUUGUAUUUCAAACUUAAUCAAGAUGAAAACCUUAUUUUCUCCGUGUUUUCCUUGAAUAAAAUGAUUAUUCUUUUGCAGAUAAGUAUUUGCGAUCAGAGACAUCAUUUAAGUUUUGUCAGUUUUAAAUGUCAUUCUAUUAAAUCAGUAUAAUUGUUAAUUCAAACUUCAAUGUUAAUUAAUCGCAGUUAAAUGCAUUCCCAAAUAUUCAUCAAUUAAACCGUGGUCUGAAGGUUGCAUUCUUGAUUCUUACCAGACGGCUGAUGACUUCGAGCCUCAGCUAUCCAAUAACAUUAAC